AUGACUAUCCAAACUGGACUCGACUACAUCCGCUCUCGCUCCAUUGUCGACUGCGACACCAUGGACGAGCAAGGCACCACAGUUGCCAAAACCCUUGGUCCUUUCCACGACUGCACCUCCAACCAGGCAAUAGCUUACAACGAACUCACUAAGCCCGAACAUGUCGAGCUUCUCCAAUCCUCUCUCACCAAAGCCAAAGCUUUCAUCCAAGAAUACCCCGGUCUAACCAUCGAAGAACUCGCCGUCGAGAUAGCAAUGAUAUCCCUCUCCCUAAGAAUCGCACCCCACAUCACCGGUCACAUCCACAUCCAAACAAACCCCUACUACUCCUACUCCACCGAAAAGACCAUUGUCAACGCCCUCCGCAUAGUCAACCUAACCCACCACCUCUCCCCCACCCACCCGCAAUCCCGCAUCUGCAUCAAAAUCCCCAGCACCUGGGAAGGUCUCAAAGCAUGCCAAGUCCUCGAACAAGCCGGGGUGCGAACCCUCGCCACAACCCUCUUCACCAUGCCUCAAGCCAUCCUAGCAGCAGAAGUAGGAUGCACGUACAUCGCACCAUACGUGAACCAACUGCGAGUGCAUUUCGAGCCGGGCUUCAAAGACCCCUCCCCCCUGCUACACUUCAGCGCCCUAGUCCAGAAAUACUACGUCUCCAUCGGAUUCCCAACACAGGUAUUACCCGCUAGUUUGACGUCCACGAACGAGAUCUUCGCCUUGGCGGGCGUGCAGCAUAUUACGAUUGCUCCUGGGUUGUUGGAGGAGUUGACGAAGCCGUGGGAGGGGAAUGUACCGGUAGAAUCGCUGUUUGAGUCCCCUGCUGUGGUGGAGGGGGCUGUGCCUGGGAAGGAAGUGUCGUAUGUGGGUGAUGAGGCGGGGUAUCGGAUUGCGUUUACGAGGGAUGCGAAUGGGUUGAGUGAGGAGAAGUUGACUCAGGCUGUGAAUAUUUUCUGUGAUAUGCAGGAUAAAUUGGUCCAGGUUUUUAAGGGGUUGAAUUGA